AUGGUCUAUGAUUUGACAAAGAAAACAAAGAAGAAGUAUUGGAUAGACAGAGAUAGAGACAAUAUUGUAACAGCUUUAAAAGAACCCUUAGACAAAUUUAGCAAACAGUAUAAUCUUCGAGUGCAAGCGUCAAUUCAAAAGGAUCUCUGUCAAGCUGCUCACGAAGCUAAAAAAAUUUCUAUCUAUGCCAUAGCUUACUGCAUUGUCUUAAUUUCACUAAUCGCCCUUGUACUACUCAGCACGAUAUUCGACACAGAAUCUGAUGAGCAAGAAAAUCUAUCACUAAGGAAGAAAAUCUUUUUUUCUUUUUCCGCACGCAGGAGUUUCACUAGUAUUUUCAGAGUGAAUUAUCGACAUCGUGGACUUGAUUGCUUGCACAUGCUUCGCAUUAUUCUCACAUCAUGUGUGAUAGUUGGUCAUAGGCUAAUUCAACAUUAUCACGCUUCGGUUGCGAAUGGACGAUUUUUGGAAACGACUAUCACUUGGCCCCUAAUGGUGAUAUUUUACAAUGGAUCUAUUCUCGUGGAUGGAUAUCUUGGAAUCGGAGGACUUGACUUGUAA